CACACACACACACACACACACACACACAAUCGCAUUCUAGAAGGUAGUGGUAGGCUAUGAUGGGCGUGGACGUGUGUGCGCGUGUUCAUGUGGUGUUUGGCGCCCUAGUGGGUGGUGGUUAGCGUAUAUGAGGUAAUGGGUAGGCUGUGUUGGGCGUGGGUGGGUGUGGGCGUGAUAAGUGUGUCUGAGGUGGUAAAGGAACAUUCCUAACACUGGAGGAAAAUUAAUUAAUGACAAUUUAGCAGUAAAGUCAUUGAAGAGAGUCAAACAAAUAUGAAAGAGGUCGUGAAUUAUUAGGCCAUUAUGAUACACUGUAUAAAUGUGUAUCGUGUCAUUCCAUUUGUUGCAAUGGUGACAUCACUCCGUCACCUCGUUGUGCUUUGUGACCGUGGACAUUGACAAAAUUGAUGGUUAAUAUUGAAGAUCAUUUUGAUUGUUUGGGUGUGUUUUGGCGCCAAGCGAGCGACCAAGUGGCGCUCACCCUUGACAUAAAUGUUGUUGUUUUGCAGGGAUGUGCCAGUGUGUUUGUCCAGGUGAGGAAUGCUUUGUACAGAGCGUUGUUUGUCAAUAGUUGCCUGAAGUGGUGUCAGGGGCCUAACGCCAUCUACUACCAGGAGGCGGCGGAGCUGGCUGUUGGCUACCGCUGCUCCUGCCGGCACAGCAUGGGCGGGCUGCAGUGCAGCAUUGUCACGGUAGUGGUGGGCAGUGUGGCGCGACCAAGCCCUGAGGCGGAGGCCAUGUCGGCGGGCCAGGUGGUGCUAGUGGUGGUGUUCAGCACCGCUAUGCCCGUGCUGGUGGUGGAAUUGGUGUUGGUGAUCAUGUGCAUGAAUCGGAAACGCGUACGUGACUGCCCGUGUCGGGAUGAGGAGGCACGGGGUCAGAACGAGCAGAACAUGGUGCACAACGCUGUGGGCGCCGUCAACAGUGUCUGGAUCACCACAUGAUCUUUUACUCCCUAAACUUACCCAUCAAGAAACCCCUCAACACCGUGCCACCGC